AUGGGAUGCGCAUUUAGCCGCGAUAAUCGCCGCGUUCCAAGAGUGUUCAGGAGAAAAAAGACGGCCAUCAGCAAAAAGUAUGUGCUGUCGUCCUUACAAGAUGUUCAUAGCAAUGAGAACAAGCACUAUACCUCCAGCAGCAGCUUUGCCACUCCCCGGACGUUGUCAGUUACGCCAAAAAUGUUCACAUCGGGAUGCUACACUCCUGAUGUGGCACCGAGCACUUUGAUAUGGCUGAUGGGUGCUAAAGACCUUCUUGAGGACAGUAUUCCUGAACUAGUUACCCACAACAAGCGAGUGGAAAACAACGGGGAAGUUGUAGAAAGGGUCUCUAAAGAUACCGAGGAGGAGAAAUCUGGUGUACAGAACGAAAGCAAAGGGGACAAUGCUACAGUGCUGGAGGAAGAACUUCCAUCCUGUCUUCAUUACGAAGGCUUUCACGAGAAAGGCUUUCACUGGUUCACAUUGUACAGCUCCGUACUGAAUGAGACUAUUGGCGACUUGAGCCUCAAUUGUAUCCCAGAUGCUAUUGCCACAGUGCUUAAAGGUUCAAAGGAGCCUAUCAUAAUAGUGUACAAGAAUUCAGACAACAGCACAACAUACCUGUCUGAAUGGAGCGGAGAAAUCCUUGACAGGAUUUGCAGUCGCUUUGACAAUCAAGUUCUCCGUAUUGUUCUGUGUAAACCUUCCUGGUUCGCCCAGACAUCAGUAAAGGAUGAGAGCGAGAAAUUUUUUAGUGUGCGAGUCACGGAGAAGUUAACGUUUGCCAGGAAUGCCACAGAAUUUGCCAAAUUAACAGGUUUCCCUGGUGAAACAAACAAAACAGUACGAUCAUAUUGAGAAUCAUACCAAACCUCCAGUGAAAAGCUUGAUCAAUAAUUUAUUCACUUAUUUACCAUGCAAAAUUGAAUUUAAUGUCAAUUUCUUGAAAGCUUUUGAGUCCCUAUUCAGGUUAAGAUAUAAACAUUUUAUCUAUCAUUUAAAGUAUCGAGUGUAACUAUUAGUUUCAAUCAUGCUCACAAAGUCAAAGAAAUUUUCAUAGUUAAUCGUGCUCUUGGAGUGAGUUUACAUUUUACUCGGAAAAUUUUCUAUAUUAUCACGUUCCCAUGAGGUAGCUAGAUUAAAAUGAAGGCUUAGUCUCUAACUGUCGGUUCCGGUACGCCUACGACUCCGGAAAGGAUUGCGGGCGCACCUGAGCACCCUCGAUCGAUUGAGAACUGUCGGGAAAGGGAAAGACUGGACUUGAGUUGUUGGUUAGUUGUGAGCCUGUUUAAAGCCUGUUAACCAGGUCAGUUUUCAUGCCUUUCCUAUGCAAAUAGUAUUUUUGAGCCAGAUACUAAAAACAAAAAACUGGUGGAAAUUGCAUUUUUAUUAAAGAUUUUAGAUACUCAAAGUCUUGGAAAUCCAUUUUCUUUUGAAAUAGCUUCAUUCUCAAAUUAAAUUUAAAAAAAUAAGUAAAUGAUAUUGCAGGGUAGGUUUACCAUUUCUUACUUACUUACGAAAGCUUAGC